GGGGCUGCUCUUUUCGCUCCUCUGCUCGCGGGAGCGCGGGCUCUGCUGAGGUGUCGGGGGCGGGAGGACCGUGCAGGAGGAAGUCUUUGUCCCCUGUCAGAGCCCUGGGGCACGGCGACGCCGCCGUGAGCGCGCCCGCCGGGAGGGAGUCGGAUGGCUGCGGCCGCGGCGCGGAUUCCUAUGGCUGUAGAAUCACUUACAGAUGAUGAAGAGGGUUAUGUGACCUUUGAGGAUGUGGCUGUCUACUUCUCACGGGAGGAAUGGAGACUGCUUGAUAAUGCUCAGAGACUCCUGUACCGUGAAGUGAUGAUGGAAAACUUUACACUUGUGACCUCUCUGGGUUGUUGGCAUAGAGCAGAGACUGUGGAGGCUUCUUCUGAGCAGAGAGUUUCCACAGAAGGAGUGCAAAGUGAAAACCGUCACCAACAUCAGAAGCUGUGCUGUGGAGAGAAACCCUUAAUAAGAGAAGAGGGCAGGGUCUCCGUUUUGAGGGGCUGCAGAAUCCACCUGUCAGAGAAGCCUUUGCAAAGCAGGAAGGAUGGGAAAGAUUUUACACUCAGCUCAAGUCUCCAGAUGACUCACCGUAAAGCGGAGCCUCCCAGGAGCACUGGGACUGCAGAGGCCGUUAAUUUUGGGAAAAGGCACUACCAAUGCAGUGAGUGCGGGAAAGCUUUCGGUCAGAAAUAUUUGCUUGUUCAGCACCAGAGACUACACACUGGAGAAAAGCCUUAUGAAUGUAGUGAAUGUGGAAAGCUAUUCAGCCAUAAAUCCAACCUUUUUAUACACCAAAUAGUUCACACCGGAGAAAGACCUUAUGGGUGCAGUGAAUGUGGAAAAUCCUUUAGCCGAAAUGCUGACCUCAUUCAACACCGCAGAGUUCACACUGGUGAAAAACCUUUUACGUGUAGUGAAUGUGGAAAGGCUUUCAGGCAUAAUUCCACACUUGUUCAGCAUCACAGAAUCCACACUGGAGUAAGGCCUUAUGAAUGUGGUGAAUGUGGGAAGUUCUUUAGUUUCAACUCCAGCCUCAUGAAGCAUCAGAGAGUUCACACUGGAGAAAGACCUUAUAAGUGCAGUGAAUGUGGGAAAUUCUAUAGCCACAAGUCCAGUCUAAUUAAUCAUUGGCGAGUUCAUACUGGGGAAAGACCUUAUGAGUGCAGUAAAUGUGGGAAGUUUUUUAGCCAAAGCUCAAGUCUCAUGCAACAUCAAAAAGUUCAUACUGGAGAAAAGCCUUUUAAGUGCAAUGAAUGUGGGAAAUUCUUUAGUGAAAAUUCCAGCCUAGUUAAACAUCAGAGAGUUCACACUGGAGCAAAGCCUUAUGAGUGUAGAGAAUGUGGGAAAUUUUUUCGCCACAGCUCCAGCCUUGUUAAACAUCGGCGGAUUCACACUGGAGAAAUGCCGUAUGAGUGCAAUGAUUGUGGGAAAUCGUUUAGCCAGCGUUUCAACCUCAUUCAGCACCAGAAAGUUCACAUUAGAGAAAAGUCUUGAUGCUUCAAAUGUGGGUAAACCUUUAUCCACACCUCCAACCUUUCCACAACCCUGGAGAGGACACAAAACUAAAAGGCAUUAUGAAUGCAGUUAGUGUGGAAAAGAAUUCAAUCAAAGGUCUGUUCUGACUCAGUGGCAUAAACAUCACAGCCCAAAUAAAUCUUAUCAACACCGUGAAUGUGGAGGAAGUCUUAAGCCAGUGGUGUAGACUUGUUCCACACCAGGAAGUUCAAACUGGAGAAAGGCCUUAGUAGUGACUUAACAGAGAAGUACCAGGGAUUGAAUAUCACUCAUUCCAGACAUGCACACUGAGAGAAGGAUGAGAAUUGCUGCCACCAUGCUUCUCCCAAGAAUAUGGUCCUCUGCCUGUGGGCUCUAGGGAGAAGAGGAACUUGCACCCUUGGCUACACAAGGUGGAGUUUCCAUCUAACUAAGCAAGGAGGCAGGGAGGAACAGAAUGUCUUGGUUCAAGUAAGACUGACUCUUGCUCUUCAUACUGAAUGCUAGAGUUUCCUAAAUAAAUAUUUCGUAUACACCUUGAGGACCAUUUUCAGAAGACUCUCAAUUGUAUUUUUUAUAUUUCAUCAGUUUUCCUGGGAACAUGUCUGUAAAACUCUUCACACUCUCAUGUUAGAAGUUAGUCCAAAUAUUAAGUUUUUAAGAGCCUGUCAAGUGGUUAUUUGUUUUCACAUCUCCUCCAAGAAUAUAUCACAUUAUCAGUUCUUCAUAUCCUUCCUGACACUUUCUAAUUCAUGGACUAUUCAUUUUAGUCAUUCCAGUAGGUAUGCAGUAGUAUUUUGUUGUGGUUUUAAUUUCUUUUCCCCUAAUGGGUCAUUGUUGCAUUUUUUCAUGUGUGUCAUCUGUAUACCUUGAGUGAAAUGUCUGUUCAUUUUUUUUGUCUGUUUAAAAAAAUUACUUGUUUUUUUUAUGAUUGUUUUGAAAUUUUAUUAAUAUUUUUGGAUGCAAGUAUUGCCUAUAUUUUCUCACAAUCUUUGGCUUUUGUGUUUACUUAACAGUAUCUUUCCUAGGGCAGAAUUGCUUAAUUUUCAUGAAGUCAAAUUUAUCUAUUUAUUCCAUUAUUGUGUACUGGUACUUCAUUCUCUUUCUUUUACUAUACUGUAUCUUUGCCUUUAAAUAUUCAUUCUUGUAAAAUAUUUGUACAUUUAAGUCCAGAUGAAGAAUUUAUGUAGAAAUGUUUACAUGUGCACAUAUCCUCUAUUCUAAAACAACCUAGCAAGCAAUUACAUUCCAGUAGUUAUAGGCAUAUUUAAUAUCCAGUUAUUAGUUUGAAAUUAUAUAUAUAUACUGGGGAUUGAACUCAGGGGCACUUGCCCACUGAUCCACAUUCCCAGCCCUAUUUUGUAUUCUAUUUAGAGACAGGGUUUCACUGAGUUGCUUAGUGCCUCGCAUUUGCAGAGGCUGGCUUUUAACUCUCAUCCUCCUGUCCCAGCCAUCCAAGCUGCUGGGAUUACAGGAAUGCACCAUUUUGCCCAGCUUGAAAUAUAAUUUUUAUUUAAUUAUUUAUUUUUGAGUAUUUUUUAGUUGUAGAAUGACACAAUACCUUUAUUUUAUUUAUUUAUUUUUAUGUGGUGCUGAGGAUCGAACCCAGGGCCUCACACAUGCUAGGCAAGCACUGUACCACUGAGCCACAACCCCAGCUCCAAAAUAUAAUUUUUAAAUUAAAGGAAACUGGGUCCCUUAGGGAAGAGGUUAUUUUCAGGAUGUGGCAGGAAAUGUACAACAGGAACUUAGACAUAUUUUUGCAUAUUAGAAAGUAAUGUAAACAGAAUAAUAUUUAUGUAUUAAUUUUCUAUUGCUGUCCUUAUAAAGUAUGACUUAAGCAACACAAACUCAUUAUUUAACAGUUCUGAGGGUCAUAAGUACAACACAACACAGAUUUCACUGGGAUAAAAUCAAAGUAUUAAAGAAUUGUAUUCCUUUCUGAAGUCUCUAAAA